AGAACUUAUGGAAUCGUUCCCGGUGUGCCACAAAGGCUCUUGAAACAGUUGGCAAGUAGUCGCCACCGGCGGCAAAGAGUCGCAGAUUUUGCCGACAUCCAGCCGAGUACUUGCCACCGCUUUCCCGCCGCCAUUUUCACUCGGCAAACCAGUGUAUUUGCCGGACUUAAUCUGUCUACUUGCCGUCGACGGCCCAUCCCAGGCCAUAGCAAGCUUUAAAUGGUAUUUAAGAUUUUGCUUCUGGCCACAUUCUUGCCAACUACGGCCCGACUCGAAUGAGAUACCAAAAUGCCCCAACUCUUACUUAAAGUAGAGGAAACUUAAAAACCUCCACACCGUCAACAUUCUGUCCAUCAAAUCAGUAUUUUGUCUUUAUUCCAUUAAACGUACUUUGUCAUGAUUAAAUUUGCAGUAGUUAUAUUUCCCGACGAAGAUAACGCCAUUGACGUUAUAUCGUCAUCUUGGAUUCUUCCGCCACUUAUUGCAAAUGGGGGGACCCAAGUGAAGAACUGCAGAUAUCCACCAUCAAAAGUUCGAGGUGCAAAACUAGCCAAACUUGUUUGCAAUCAUCAACCCCCAUCUUCGGAUUGGUUGGUCUGUUCUUGUCGAGUUUUGAAAGAGUAUGGUAAGCAGUUUGUUGCAAAAAAGUAUAUGGCAAAACUAAUUACUUGCUGUUAUCUAUGUUAUUUUCUAGACAAUUAUUUGACCGCCCGUGAAGCAUCAAUUAGGGCGGAAGAAACUUCCAACUUGGAGCCAUCUUCCGUUGAGGAGGCAGAUUCUAGGCGAAUCCGAAAACGCAUACAAAACAAAGUAAAGCCGCCACCGUGUAAUUCCAAUAGCAACAAGCUUCAAAAAAUAAUUGCUGUAGCCGAAGAUUCUAGCGACGAAUCCAACACGUUGGAGGACGACAACCCGACAACUUUUUGCCUUGGAUUAGUUAGAGAAACAGCCGAUUUGGAAAGGGGCGGUUAUGAAGGUGCAGCUAAUGACAACACAUUAUUUGCACCACCUCAUGGACAAAUAGAAAUAUACCCAGGAGGAGGAGAUCAAAACACUUCCGCAACCCACCAGGCAGAGGAUGUCGAGUUUAAAAAUCAGUUCGUACAGUUUCUAGAGGAAAAUAGAAGUAUGAUAAUAUUCGUAUGAAUAAAAUACGAUUGUGUGUAUUCUCCUUUCUAUUAUAUUUAUACUAUGGAAUUAACUAACUUUUUUAUUAGAAUUUCAAGAUGCGGUGAUUUCCAAGCUAGAAAUAAUUUCUAGUAAGUUGAAGCACAUUAAUCUUGGGACGACGUGUGCAAAAAAUAUUAAAUUGACUGGAGCCCCGCUACUGCCUUUAACCAGCAAGGAUGGUUUAGCUUCCCUCAUAACCUGGCUUGGUAUUGAUAAAAAUAGUGACCUAAUGGUACCAGAGAAUUUUAAUGCGUACUUUAUUUAUUAUGCGUACGCUGGGUAUGACCUAAUCUAUUUAUUAACGACAGAUCGAUUAUCUAAGUCUACACGGAGGAGAAAAUGUUUCUGCAGUAACCGGAAGCAUUCUUUCUGAAAUAUUUACGAACCAGUUCGCAACAGUAGUUAGCUUUACUGGACAAGGACAAAAAGCGGUUUGUGGCAUAAAGGACUCAAUAUUACCUAAAUUAAUCACAAGUACGUUAAUAAAAUUUAUUCUCGAAACCAUCUUAUAAUUAAAAAUGAUUAAGUGUUCUGCAACGAUUUUCUAGAGUCGGUGCGGUCAAAUAAAGGCUUUAGCCAAGCAACAGAUUUCGAGGUGAAGCAGGCAAUAAUAAACUGGUUGAAGAACGCUGGUGACAGAGGUGGGGGCCGAGCAGCUCGUCGUCAACGUCAUUUGACAGGAUGAAUACAGUCACCCCGAGAACGGAAUUACGCCGCAGAAGAAAAGCAACAUCACGUAUAUUGCAAUUUAUUAGAAGUAAGACGAUAGGAAAUACUGUGCCGACAUUAUUAUUUAGUGAAGAAAUUGUAGAGCCACCAGUGAAUGUUCAAAUAGUUGAAACUGAAAUAAGUAGCGCUGAACCCUCAGAUUUUGUAUUAGACAACAGUCAAGUAAAUGUUGAGUCAGAUAUCAAUUUUCCUUUACUUUUGCCAGAUAGUCUUCGUCUGUGGGCUACAGCACAUAAUGUUACACAUAUGUGUCUCCGAGAACUGAUAACCAUUAUAAAUCCACAUAUUAACAAUAUUCUUCCUCUCGAUCCUAGAACAUUAAUGAAAACGCCACGACAGAUAGUUAUAGAAAAGCUAGGUGGAGGUGAACUAGUUUAUUUCGGUAUAAAAAAAGGUGUGGAAAGACGGCUAAAACUAAAAUUAUCGGAUUGCAAUUUUCCAAUUAUUAAAAAAUGGCAGCAUGAGUCUAUUUCGAAAAUUAUUUCAAUAUCAGUUGGUAUUGACGGGGUACCGAUUUCUCAAAGUAAUACUAAGUCGUUUUGGCCAAUUCUUGGUAUGCUGGACCAAGCUGUAGAUUCAAGUCCAUUUAUUAUUGGAUUAUUUUGCGGCAUGUCAAAGCCAAAAGAUACUUUAUUUCUUAAACAAUUUGUUGACGAAGCAUUAGAAUUAGAAAGGACUGGUAUUUUAUUUAAAGACUUACAAUUUGCAUUUAAAAUAUCUUGUAUAAUAGCUGAUGCACCAGCUAGAAGUUUUAUAAAAGGGUGCAAACAGCAUAAUAGCUACAACUCGUGUGAAAGAUGCGAACAGGAAGGUGAAUGGCUUGGAAGAGUAAUUUUAAGAGAGACAGUAUGUCCACAGAGAACGGAUGAUAAAUUUAUUAAAAAAACGGAUGCAGAUCAUCACACAUACGACAGUGAAUUGCUGAGAUUAAAUUUAGGCCUGGUGUCACAAAUAGUACUUGACCAUAUGCAUUUAGUUUUUCUAGGAGUAACUAAAAAAUUAUUGAACAUUUGGGUGAAAGGUAAAUUGCCGCACCGACUUAGUUCACAACAAGUUUUAAUUUUAUCUAGAAAUUUAAUUCGACUUAGACCUUUUGUAUCCCGUGAUUUUCAACGCAAACCUCGUGGGCUCGACGAACUAAAUCAUUUCAAGGCCACUGAAUUUAGACUUUUUUUGCUGUACUCUGGAAUAGCAGUAUUAGGCGAGACACUUCCACUAAAUAAGUUUAAAAAUUUUCUAAAAUUACAAGCAGCGAUGUCAAUAUUAUUAUCUCCUAAUGCAAGUAUAAAAUCGUGGAAUGAUGUAGCCAGGUCGUUGCUCAUACAAUUCGUAAAAGAAGUUGAAUUAAUUUACGGUCCAGAAUUUAUGAUAUAUAAUGUGCAUUCAAUUAUACACAUUUGUGAUGAUGCAUUGAAUUUUGGUAAUUUGUCCAGGGUCAGCGCAUUUCCUUUCGAAAGCUAUAUGCAGAAACUAAAAAGCAUGCUGCAUGCUAAAAAUUAUCACCUGAAUCAAGUAGCGAAACGCUUACAAGAAAUUGAGGCAAUUGAUUUUGCGACAAAAAUUAUGAAAUCUAGUACGCAACAGUUUUCUAAUAGUAAAUAUGAUAAUUGUUUCUACUUAGGAGAUGGUACUUAUGUAAUAUUAAAAUAUAUUAACCUAUCCAUAAAAUAUGCAGAGUUUUACGAGGUUAUAAAACUUGAUAAAUUUCCGGAAUAUCCAUUCAAUAGCUUAACCGUAAAUAUAUUUCUAGCUAAAAUUACGACUAAUGUGAGGAUUGUUAAUUACAGUGAAGUUAUGUAUAAAUGUUUACUUUUACCUUAUAAAAAUAUGUACUUGUGUUUACCACUUCUUCAUACUUUAAAAUAAAUAACAAAUGAAAAAGUAAAUAAUAUGUGCAAUUACUGGUGGCAUUUGGAUGGGUAUAAGCAUUUCCGCAGGUCUGAGCCAUGGUCUUGCCACCGGUGGCAAGCCGGUAUCAAGUUGGCGUGCCAACUGGAAUACGAAGUUGGCCCGUACGCGAUCGCCACCGCCAAGCCACCUAUGGCCAUUCGGACAUUUCCUGCAGUUUGCCGACCCAUUUUGGCCGCAGCUGCGCCUACUGCGGCCCUGCUAGUUUGGCA